AUGCUGGCAUACUGGCUGUUCCUCUGGGCAACGCUCACCCUCGCCAUCCCAACUGGCGUCAACAUCUCCGGACGGCAAGACGAAAAUCACUGGGUUGUGGCAUGGACGUCUAUGCCCCAAGAAGUAGAACAGAAUUUCAAGGUGCUACCUCAGGCAAACAUCGCGCUGAGUCUAUACUCCCAGCAAGGCCAGUCCGGGACUCGCAUCACGGGACACCCCGGCAGUCGCACGACUUCGUGGAUGCAGACUGGAAACCAGGUGAAUGCAUCGUUUGUUGGGGGUGCUAGCACAAAGCACUGGUACUUUGCUAGUGCUGUGGAAGCCUGGGUUCCCAGAAACACGUCUGCGAUGAUCGUCCUCGGGGAUAGCAUCUCAGAUGGACGUGGGAGCGACGAUGACAGGAACAACCGCUGGCCUGACCUCCUCCUUGCACGCCUGCAGAAAGAGGGGAUCACAAACCUCGCCAUCGCAAACCAAGCAGCCGGCGGCAACGCAGUCCUCAGCGGCGGCCUCGGCCCCACACUCCUGAUCCGCUACCCCCGCGACGCCCUCGCCCAGCAAGGCGUCUCCCGCGUUCUCAUCUUCGAAGGCGUAAACGAUAUCGGCGGCGGUGGUACCGACGCGGGCUCCCAGCAGCGCAUCGGCGACGGGCUUAUCGCCGCGUACCAGAAGAUCGUAGCCGACUGCAAAAAGGCCGGGCUGGCUACCGUCGGGGCGACGAUCACGCCGUUCGCGGGGAACGGGCAGGCGUACUCGAAUGCGGAGAGGGAGCGGACACGGGCGAGGGUGAAUAAGUGGAUUCUGGAGAGCGGGACGUUUGAUCACGUCGUGGAUUUUGCGGGGUUUAUUGGCGAUGGGGAUAAGUUGAAGGCGCAGUUUGAUGGCGAUGAUCAUUUGCAUCCAAAUGUGGCUGGGUAUCAGGAGAUUGCGACCAGGUUUCCUUUGGAUGUUUUCAAGAGUUGA